ACAAAAUAGAAUCUACUGUAAGGAAGUUUCUAAAAGGAAAGAAGUUUCUCACUCCCAUCAGAUUUUUGAUUGUUUGACAUUUUUUGCCUCCCCAGGACAAAAUCAAUAAUUAAAGGACUAUAAUUUUCCCAAAAAAGAAUGUUAUUUGGAUUCUCAGAAAUGGUAUAUCGUUAAAAUUCGAAAAAAUUUCAAGACUAAACAUUAAAUAACAGGAUGACUCACGCAAACAGAAAACGUGGUCGCAAUGCAGAGGAGGAAAAUUCCAGCGAAUUCAUGCCAUUAAGUAAAAGAAUCAAUAAUCUGCACAUUAAUAAUUUCUCACGUCUACCAGAAACGGCAACUGAAAAAAUGAAUUCACAAUGGGAAAAGCAUAAUUUAAUAGCGUCGUCAAAUCAUUCAGAGCCAUCGAGAAGCCCCUCGAGCGAUGGUUACAGUUCAAGUCAAAGUUAUACAUCAGAAUACACUCCAGAUUUAAAUUCCAAUCAAAAUCCCUAUUACUACGAAACAAAUAAACUUUUAUACAAUCUCUACGUUGAACGAAUGCAAAGGAUUAAUACACUCUACUGAUAUUUCGAUUUCUAACGUCAUAUCAUUCAAAAAGAAAAAAAAGGGAAAAACAGGAAUAAAAUCAAGAAAAAACGUAAUUCUAAAAUUGAAUUACAAACAAAAAAUAUUUAUAUAUAAAUAAAAGAAAUUGACUCCUUAAUCAGGAGUUAAAGGUAAACAAAAAUAGUUAAAUUGUCAGUUCUAAGAAUUUUUGUGCUUACACACACGUACAUAUAUAUAUUUUUAUAAUAAUUAAAUUUUAGUUAGAUUUAUAAAAAUUUACGCACUAAGAGACUGCUAAAUAAAAUAGAGAUCCAUUAUGUUUCUCUUUUAUUAAAGUAUAUGCGCACUUAAGAUUUAAUUUUUGUGUCUAAAAUAAACUAAUAAUUAAUUGAAUAUGAAUUAUUUUUUCUAAGCGUCGAUGAGCAAACAAUUUUUGCAAAAACAGUAUAAAUGAUUGUUGUAAUUCUCUAAUUUAAUUGUAUAAAAAAAAAAUUAUGUCACCGUAACAAGUAAGAUACUAAUGUAAUUAGCAAUUAAUAUGCAAGUGAAGUUAAAUUAAAUAGAAGAAAUACA